AGCAGCUCGCCCGGAGUUUCCUCCUGCAUAAGUACGCAUUUAAUUGAAUUACUGUCAUACGAGUAAGACCUGCCUGCGCAGAAGGCAUUUGUUUAUUUUAGAGUGUUGUAAACCAUCAAACUGAAUAAAGUCAAAGUUCAUUCAUUGGCCGCACAAGAAAAAACAUGCCCGGUUUCGUUGGUUCUCGGACGUUGCUCUCGACGACAGCGUUGCUGUCGGGUUCGUUUGCGGACGCAGGAACAACUACUGCCGCAGCCCCCUCGCCAUGGGAAAAGUUCGAAUCUUUCAAGAGGAAAUACAAUCUGCACUUCGACACCCAGGAGGAAGACGGGAAGCGCUUUCGCAUCUUCUUGGAAAAUUUGGAACGCGCCAAUCAGUUGGCGAAGAAAAGCAAGUCGAAGGCGCAGUUCGGCAUCACGGUAUAGUGGUUUGCAAUAAAUAGUUGGAAAUACGUGAUGUGAACAAGAGGGAAAAGCUCGCGCUGUGGGUAGCUUAUCCUUAUAUCAGAACUCUAAUCGUCAAGUUGAAGUUGUUUCAUUGGUUUUACGUUUGUGCGCCGUCGUGCUGGAGUACACCGUUGUGUUUAACGAUGAACACGAUGCUAUCAGAGGCCGAAAAAAAAAGUUGACUUCGUGCAAUAUGCACGCAAAUUGAAAGAUUUUGUCAUUUAAAAACCUAGCAGUGAAGCACUCAGUCGUCGUGUUUUGAUUCAAGUAUCACCGUCGCCAAAAAGUAUCUGACACAAACUACUGCCGCCAAAAAGCGUCUGACGCAUUUUGUUGAGUACGUUAUCUCGUCUGCAUGCCGAUGGUGUGCGGUGACUCAUAACCAGUACACUAUGCAUUUCAAUUAAUGCCUAUGCAUUGCAAAACAGAAAUUCGCGCACCUGACACCGCAAGAAUUUAAAGUGAAGCACACCGGGUUCCGCAAGACGCCCGGCAGAAAGCCGUUCCCGAAAAAGACCUUCAAAAAACGCUCCGGCUCGAUCGACUGGCGGCAGGUCGGGUCUUUGGUCACGCCGGUGAAAAACCAAGGACAAUGCGGAUCAUGCUGGGCCUUCUCCGCCACCGAGGCAUUGGAAACCGGGUUUGACGACUUUUAAAUGGAGUGUUUUUUUCGUGCCGCCGAGACAAUGAAUUUGAAACAAAGCGGAAUAAGUCGCGGUCGAGCGUUGCGAAUGAUUAACUUGUCUUCCGGCAAUCAAAUAAAAGUAGAACAAAAACUGGUUUAUGAUGCUAAAUCAUGAUCAGGUACUGGAAGGCCAGCGGGCAGAUGAAGAUCCUUUCCCCUCAGCAGACAGUUUCUUGUGACCAACAGGAUUUGGCCUGUAAUGGUGGCGACACGACGACUGCCUACGAAUACAUGCAACAGACGGGGGGUGUCGAGACCGAGGCGGACUAUCCCUACGUGUCCGGGGACACCGGCGGCCGCGGCACGUGCAAAGCGGAUCCCAGCGAAUACGCAGUAUUGAGCUUUUGACGUGCAGAUGAUUUCUAGAUGUGUCUUCACAUGGCGCAUGAACUUUCACUGAAAAAUGUUGGCUGCUCGGUAUGGCAUACAAAAAAUUUAAAAUUGCAGGAAAGAGCUAACCUUCACUCCUUUCAGACACGCAUAAAAGAAAAUCAUGAUCAUCAGGUCAAGCUCGACGCAGUGCACACUGUGAGUCAGGAUGAAUUUGGAGAGGAUGAUAUGUAUUCCGCCAUUUUGUCGUCCCCGAUUAGCAUCUGCGUCGACGCAAGUUCGUGGCAGCUGUACUUCGGCGGCGUGGUCGAUUCGAGCACGUGUGGUAAGGUUGUUUUUUGCGAUCUUCAAUCAUAAUAAAUAUGCGCGACAAAAAUGCGUGACGUAGAAGAACAAGAAGUGAGGAAUAAAUCGAAAUGGAAAAAAUCUCAAGAUACAACUUGAUGGGGUGGAGGAUGAUUAUGGUCAUGAUGAUAAUUAAAAAAAAAAACCCUUAUCAGGCACCGACCUCGACCAUUGCGUGCAAACCGUCGGUAUCAAGGCGGGUGAGUACUGGAUCGUGAAGAACCAGUGGGCCGAAGACUGGGGCGAGGAAGGCUACAUCCGUGUGAAGACGGGCGAAAACGCGUGCGGAAUCGCCAUGGAGGCCACCGUCGUCGACGCGGAAGACGAAAACCGAAGGAAGAAGCUGAAGGAUGACCGCACGCAGGAAGUGAUCGACACCUUGAUCGGCCUGUCCGAGGGAUUUGGUCUGCACAUUUAUCUGCCGCAAACUUGUUCUUCCCGCCGUAGUACAGGUACGCGACUUCGAACUCGAACACGUACAAAAUUCAUCGCGGCUAUUUCUGCAUAAAGAGAUGAAAACUAGUGUAGAAGUUGCAGCGUUGUUAUUAAUAGCAUGGGACCUCCGACAUGGUCGUGCACUUUAAGUGUGCAAAGAAUUUUGUGAUGUAUUGACUCCGUCGUGGUCGUCGUGUGCGGGGAAGAUGGAGAAUUUGUAUUGCAUAACCUGGAGGAGAAGUGCAUCGACGCGAGCGACGCAGUCAUGGACAAACUCGAAAAAGCGGUGGAGCUGAUGGAGAAAAAGACGCCGGUAUAAUAUGAAUAAACUCGGAUAAUUUAGAAAACCUAGUUCUACUCCGAUUUAGAAGUGGACGUAGAUGACAAAAGUUUAGGGGCAGCUCUGGUGAAGAAUCUCUUAAUCUUACUAGGUCGAGUGUUAGUGAUAUUCACGACGGUGGUCUUAGUCUUAUUCACGUUGAACUCAAUAAAUAGUUCGCGUUUAUCUUGAUACCACGUCUGAAGUGUUGAAUGUCAGUUGCUCCUGUGCGAUUAGUGCAACAAGCUCUGCUCUAUUUACUAAAACCACGACACCACAGACCGCCAUGCUGGAGGCCUUAGAGAUGGUCCAGGAAGCGCUCCGCACGGACUGGCCAGCCGCGGCUGCGGCCUGCGAGGCCACCAAGGACGAGUUGAUCAAGAUUAUCGCUGCGCUGGACAUCCUGGAUAUGCAUUGUAAAUGUAUCGUACUAGUAUAUAUCGCAAGACAAAUUUAGCUGAGCAUGAGACACGGAAUUUGUCAUGCUGAUUUGCCUUGGAGUGGAGAUUUGUAAUGCAUGACUGCGAUUACCACGACGAAUGCGAUACUUUCGCACAGGAUACUGGACCACCCGAAGCAGUUCGUGUACCACGUCGGGCAGGACCUCGUGGUCAACGGCGUCUCCAUCUACAAGGACGUCAACGAGGGCAUCGCGCACUACAAAAAGCAGGAGUUUCACGACUUCGGUUUCUCCUUGGGGACGGCGUUGUCGCUUUUGAUCGUCGGCGAGAAGGCCACCACGGACGUGUACGUGUGA